AUGCCCCGUUGGGUCCCUCUGUGGCUUCUCGCUCAGUAUAUUCUUCUUCUCGUUGACUUGGGCGACCGACUGCGCGACACGUCCGUCUCUUGCUCGCCACGCCAGCCAAUGGCAUACAAAGAAGAGUUUGGCGAUCUACGAUCAAGUUACGACCUCGAUACUGAAACAGGACAACAAUCCCGCCCGGCGAUCAAGCACGAUAUCUUCGUGAAGAUCACGCGGAAAAAUAGCCCUGGUCGGCUGCAAGCACGAAGCGAUGACGAUGACCGCCGUCUAUGGUGGUGGCACUUCCGGACGACAAUCCCGCUCGGCCAUCAAGCAGUGAAACUCGCCCUGACGAAUAUUAGCCCCGAUCGGCUACAAGCACGACACGAUGACGGCCCCGACCGGCCUCAAGCACGACUACUCAACGCAGGGCCCCUUGUUGGGCAGGAGUACAAGGACUCUGGUAUGAUUGUAGUGUUCCGGCACGAAAAGUCGGCGGAUCUAGUAUAG